AAGGCAUAAUAUAGAACACAUUGUGAUAAGAAUUACAUCCAUCACUUCAUUAAUAGCUGAUAAGUUAUAUUUUCGGACAGAAAAACAAGUACAUUUAUUCUCUUUAUGCAUAUGGAUACGAUAAAAUAUAGAUAAGACGGUCUAUCCAUUUUAAAUAUAGAGAAAAGAUAGUUUCACCCAACGCGUUAACUAACUUAAAUGAAAAUGACUAAAAUAAAUACUUGGGCACAUUGGAGAGCCAUUUUACGAUUUGGCAGAAAAAUGUGAAUGAAAAUUGAACAUAAAAGAGAUCCGUUUCCUGAGUUUGAAAGAACGUUGCUAUCUAUAUAGAAAUCUUCAAUAUUCAUGCUGUUUAUACAUAUGGAUAUGAUAAACAGCAGAUUACGAUUUUCAUUCGGAUAAAUCUUAGAAAAACACCAUUAGUUUCAAUUUUUUGCAGUAAUUAAGAAUUUGAACUCAAAAAUCAUCAUGGUGAAAAUAUAAAUUUGAAAAUUGUUAAAUUUUAAAGCUAAUUUUGUGACCUAGAUAUGAUUUCAAAAAUGUUGAGAACUAUACUAGCGAAUAGAAAAGCGAGUUCUCUAGAAAAAUAGCUCAUCUUUAGCGGCAUAUUUCGCUCAUCGCAUAGAGGACACCUCAAACUAUCAAUCGAUUGAUGUGCAAAUCAGAGCCUCGGUAAGUAGUUCUGAGACAGAAAAAAUAUAAUGAAGCCACCGGCAAAGACGAGCAAACAAAAGGUGUAAUUUCUAACCGCUUGUGAUUUCAAUCUUCUCUGCCAUGGAACCAGUUCAACGAAACCGCUAUAGAGAUUCUAACAGCGCAAACUGUGAGCGUUAAUUUGAUGACUAAGCCAUCAUUUCAAAACUAAGCUAAUGUGCACUUCACAGGAACAUAUAGAGAAAAGUACAUUUUUUGAAAUUCCGUAACUAUUUUGACCUAUUUUGACUCUAAUUUUUGAUAGACGUGAUUUUGAAGUUCGAAGUUUUUUUGGACUGUAGACUAGCUAAUGGCCCUCACUGAUUUAAAGUUCAUCGAAAAGCAUCACUUCCCUGUCGAGAUUAGUGACGCAGAAGAUAAAAAUGUCGGAUUUAGUAAUGCAUGCGAUUUUCAGCAAAAUGUGUUCUGUAUUAUGCCUUUGAAAUUUUAAUCAUAUAUAAAUUUCCGUUUAGAAGUGUUUAUUUCCGUUUCCUUCACUAACAGAUAGUGAAUAUUUGAUCAGUCCUGUUAUCAUGACUUUUUCGUCACCAUUUACCACAACAAUGACAGCACUUAUUUAUCAAAGAAUUGAAGCAUUUUUCAAACAAGAUACAGUAUCUCGUAUAUCUCCUGAUAAAUCAAAUCAUAAACAUGGUCAUCAAAUAAGGUUGAGAUUAAAUAAUCUUUCUAAUUUACAUGUAGCAACGAUUCGAGCUGAAACUGGUAUUAACAUUGAUUAUACAAGAUUUACACGACAUGUGCCUGAUUAUAUAAUGAAACCAAAUCAUGAUUCCUGGGGUACAUGUCUUUGUAUGACCUGUUUGAAUCCAGAAUUAAAGACAGAUAAUUUACUUGGUAUGAAACAUAAAUAA